ACCGCCCCCUGCCUGAGUUCUGCUGGCUCCAGAGCCUUCACUCAGCCCUCCAGAGCACAUUCCGCGAUCGACCGACUCAAUCGUGUGCCGUGACACCGCCCUCCUCCGGCUCGCCUUCUCGACUUCAUCGCUGUUGCCGUCUCAGCUCGACCACCACCCGCCUGAACCUACUCGAGCAGCUGGCUAGAUGCCUGAGCUCCCCGAGGUCGAAGCGGCGCGCAAGCGUCUCGCUAGCAUCGCUGCCGGCAAGCGCAUCAAGAGCGUGACCACAACCGACGACUCGAUCGUCUUCUCCGGCACGACCCACACUCACUUUGCGACUGCGCUCGAGGGCAAGACGGUCAAGGCGGUGCGGCGACGUGGCAAGUGCUUCUACAUGGUCCUCGCCGAUUCUACGCUUCAUCCUGUACUGCACUUUGGCAUGAGCGGCAUGGCUCACGUCCGAGGGCAGCCGUCGCCCGUGUACCGCGUCCCUCGUUCGGCCUCGCCCACCGACGACUGGCCGCCCAAGUACAUGAAGGCGGCCCUCGUCUUCGAGGACCCGGCGACUGGCGCGACGAGCGACUGGGCAUUUUGCGACCCGAGGCGCCUCGGCCGCAUCAAGCUCGUCGAGGCCGCCGAGGGCGACGUCGAGCGGGAACCACCGCUGAGCGAGCUCGGCGCCGACCCGCUCCUCGACAUGCCGCCGGUCGACGUGCUGCGCACAGCGCUCGCGAGGCGCAGCGCCCCGAUCAAGGCCGUCCUGCUGGACCAGAACGGCCCUUUAUGUGGCAUUGGCAACUAUCUCGUCGACGAAAUCUUGUACCAGGCCGCAAUCCACCCGUCGGUCCCGGCCUCGUAUCUCGCCCUGCCCGACCAGUCCGCCCUUUUCGACACCCUGCACACCCAAAUCCGCACUAUCGUCGAGACGGCCGUUGCCGCCGACGCCGACGCGUCCAAGUUCCCGCAGUCGUGGCUCUUCCAGCACCGAUGGAGCAAGGGCAAGAAGAAGAAGGACGACGACCUCGGCUUCACGCUCCCGAACGGCCGCAAAGCCACGAUCUCGUUCGUCACGGUCGGCGGGCGCACGUCGGCCGUCGUCGACGAGGUGCAGGUCCUCCCUCCCGACUUGGCGGCGACGGCGGCCAAGAAGCGGGCCGCACGAGCUACGCCGACCAAGAAGCGCAAGGUCAAGGUCGACGAGGGUUCCGAGGACGGCGCGAGCGACGAGGACGUGCGGCUGAAGGAGGGCGACGAUGUUACGUCGCCGCACUUCAAGCGCGCCAAGAAGCUCGCCGACUCGCCCUCGCCGACAAAGCGGCGACGACGGCUCAAGCCCAAGGAGGAGGACGAGGACGACGAGCAGUAGCACAGCUCGUGUACAUCGCUGCAAGGAGCUCGAGCCUGCGCAACGGUC